AUGUGCUCCUCCGAAGAGCUUGAAUUUCCCCAAAAGCUUCUUGACUAUCAAUAUGGAUUUUUAGUCUCAAAGACCAUGUUUACAGCAUGUGAACUGGGAGUUUUUGAUCUCUUGCAUGAAGUACAGGAACCCAUUCCAGCAGCAACCAUUGCUUCUCGCUUGAGCACCAGUGAAGAUGGAAUGGAGCGCUUGCUUGAUGCCUGUGUUGGGCUGAAGCUUUUGAAAGUUGACUUGAGAAAUAACAAAGGUUAUUAUUCCAAUACCGAUGUUUCCACCACGUACUUGGUCAAAUCCAGUCCCAGGACCAUUUAUCAUAUGAUGAUGUAUUACUCUCAAACCAUAUAUAUGUGCUGGCACUUCUUACCGCAGGCUGUAAGAGAAGGAAAAAGUCAGUAUGAAAAAGCUUUUGGAAUACCUUCAAAAGAAUUAUUUGAAGCCAUUUACAGAUCAGAAGAGGAGAUGAUAAAUUUUAUGCAUCAUAUGGACUCAACAUGGAAUCUUUGUGGAAAAGAUGUUGUACAAGCUUUUGACUUUUCUGAGUUCCACACAGUCUAUGAUCUUGGAGGAUGUUCAGGAGGUCUUGCAAAACAGUUUGUGUCCACCUACAAUGAGUCAACAGUCACUAUUAUGGACCUGCCAAAGGUUGUCCAAACAGCAAAGAAAUAUUUUGUAACAGAGCAGGAGCAACAGAUACAUUUCAUUGAAGGAGACUUAUUUAAUGACCCUAUACCUGAAGCAGACCUAUUUAUUAUGGCCAGGAUCAUUCAUGACUGGACAGAAGAAAAAUGCCUUGUACUGCUGAGGAAGAUUUAUCAGUCUUGUAGACCUGGAGGAGGAGUGCUGCUAGUGGAAGUCCUUCUAAAUGAAGACAGAAGCGGCCCACUGAUGUCCCAGCUGUUCUCACUAAACAUGUUGGUCCAGACAGAAGGAAAAGAACGGACACCAUCUGAAUAUACCAAGCUCCUUACAGACUCUGGCUUCAGGGACAUUCAAGUCAAAGUAACUGGAAAGAUGUAUGAUGCAAUACUGGGAAGAAAGUAG